UUGAAAAAAGUUGGGAUAAAAUUAAAGAUCAUACCAGAAUUCCAAAAUUAAAAUUUUUAGAAAUCUUAAGAUUUUGUGUUAUAGAUAAUAAUUAUUUAGAAUUUGAUAAAAUUUUUUAUCAACAAAAACAAGGAGUUCCGAUGGGAAGUCCAGCUUCUCCAAUAUUAGCAGAUAUUGUAAUGGAAGCAUUAUUAGAUAAUGUUUUUGAAAAAAUUCCUUAUAAGCCUAAAAUAAUUACAAAAUAUGUUGAUGAUAUUUUUAUCAUCCUAAAAUCUUGUCAUGUUGAUUCAACUCUAACUGCUUUAAACUCGUUUCAUCCGAAAAUUCAGUUUACAGUUGAGUUUGAAAAUAAUGGAAAACUUCCAUAUCUGGCUGUGUUAGUAAUAAGAAGAAAUAAUAGGUUAAUAUUUGAUUGGUACAAAAAACCAACAUCUUCAGGUCGUCUUAUUAAUUUUAAUUCUAAACAGCCUAAACAAGUUAUUAUCAAUACAGCAAAAAAUUUUGUUAAUAGAGUUUUAGAUAUCAGUGACAUUGUCUUUCGUCAAAAAAACAUACAAAUAAUUAUGGAUACGUUACUUUCCAAUUCAUUUCCUUUAAAUAUAAUAAAAACAUUACUGAAUCAAUAUUUCAAUCCAUUGGUUCAGAUAAAUUCAGUAGCAAAUGUUACUCCAUUUUCAUACAAAAGUAUUGUAUACAUUCCAAAUCUUUCCAAUAGAAUGUUAAAUGCUCCAAUAAGAAAUAAAGAUAAUGUUCGUAUAGCUUUCAAAUCGGCAAAUAUCCUAAGAAGUUCAUUGUUUUCGAAUUUAAAAGGUGAACUUAAUAAAAAUGAAAAAUCAAAUAUUGUCUACAAGAUAAAAUGCUUAGGUGAUGGAAUAAUAAAUUGUCCUUCCGCUUAUGUAGGAACGUCUAUGCAAAAACUUAAAAAUCGUUUAGCUGGUCAUAGAUCAGAUAUUAAUAGCGGACAUUCACAUAAGACAGCAUUAGCUUUGCAUUGCAUAGAUGAAGGACAUAGACCAGAUUUCAAUAACGUUGAUAUUAUACAGACAGAAAAACACUAUAGCAAACGUAUGUUACUAGAAAUGUUACAUAUUUUAAAUACAGAUAAUACGGUUAAUAGGAGAUCUGAUUGCGAAGGGUUGAGCAAUAUUUAUAGUCAGUUUGUGCAUAGAAAUAUUUUAGGCUAAAUAUUUAGGUAUAUUUGACUUGAAUUUUGAAGAUCAUUUUUGAUUAGAAGUUCAAAAUUUUGAAUUUCUUAUCAAAUGUGAAAUUUAGAUUUCAUUAUUUUAAAAUUUCGAUUGAUAGAAACGUCUUUAUCAAGACUUCAUUAAUUGAAUUUUAAAAUAUUACAAAAACAAAAAAACCAAUCCAGAUAAAAUUAAAGAUUUUAAAGAUCUUAAACUUUUUAAGCUUAACAUCACUAAGAAUAUUUAUUAUAGAUUCCUGAAGAAGGUUGUAAUCACAACCGAAACGUCGAAGAAAAAUUAGGAUAAAUGAAUUUGACCUAAAGCCCACAUAGGAGUUAAUAUUAUAUAUUAAAGAAGGUCACGAAGAUAGAAAUAAUUUGUAUUACGGAGGGCACGCCGUAUUUAAACUUUCAAAAUGAAUUUUUAUGAAUAUGUAAGAAACACAUACGGAUUUCAAGUAUGUUCAGAUUUAAAAAGUUUUAGCAAGAUAGGGGUAAGUAAUAUUAAACAUAAAAAUACUUUAGUUUUUCUUCUAAA